UGAUAUAGGAGGUUAUCUGUGAAAAACUGUGUGGUGAGAUCACAGCAUUAAAGACUGUCCAAGUCAGCAAAGUUGUAUUUUAGAAGCUGGAUCCCUUUGUGGAGAUCUUUAUCUACAACAUUGGAGUGAAGCAACGGACGGUGUUGGCAACAGAGCUGAAGGACUUCUCAAAAUGAAUGUGUCUUUCAGCAUCCUCUUCCUUGGUUGGUGGCUGCUCGGGCAGUGGCAGAUGUCUAGAGGAGGAUUACAUCCCAAACCUUACAUUUCUAUCCACCCCAGAGGGAUGAUUGCUUUGGGCGGAAAUGUCAGCAUCCGUUGCUGGACAGAAAGCGAAAAACAUGUUGAGUACUAUCUUACAAAAGAAGUAAAUUCAUAUACAACUACUCCAUCAGCCAAAGUAGCAGACCCAUGUCACGUGAUAUUUCCUAUUGUCAGUGCCAGUAUUUCAGAUGGAGGGAGUUACUGGUGUUUAUAUCAUAACGAGUCAAACGACAUGGAGUGGUCACCUCAAAGUGAUAUUGUAUACAUCAACCUAACAGAUCCCAUCCUGCCCAAACCUUCCAUCGAAGUGAUACCUACAAAUGAGAUUGCUCCAGAGCUGAAUGUCACCAUACUGUGUCGAGGGCCAGAAAAUGGUCUGAUUUUUGCCCUUCAUAAAGCAAAUAUGCAAGUAGCAUUUCAGACCACAAAGCCUGAGACAGACACGGCAGAGUUUCUUUUUGUCAUGCUGACAUUGGAGGAUGCAGGAAACUACACCUGCCAAUACCACCAGAGAGGAAGUCCAUUUGUCUGGUCAGAGCCAAGUGAGCCUGUGGAGGUGGUCUUCAGAGGAAGCGCCAUGGCAAUCUUACCAGCCAGUAUUGCUGCAGGCAUUGCUCUCCUGGCUCUCCUAUUGUUAUUGCUUGCCUAUCUACUGCAGAGAAAAAAGAGAAAAGGCUCCAUCACAAAGAAAGAAAAGCAACCAAUGGACAAGGCCUCGGAACCUGAUGUUGAAGAAAUGCCUGAUGAAGUUUCCUAUGCGAUAUUGAACCCUCAGUCACAGAAAACCAAACAGACACCUGAUUCUCUUGACCAAAGAUCUGAAACAUGUGUCUAUUCAUCUGUGGUCAAAAAUUAAAAUGCAACGGUGGACUCCAGGGUCGGGCACAAAUGAUGUCAUCACUGCUGAGGUCAGUUGACAUUCUGCAGUGGCCUCAAUAAUGGUGAAAUCAUUUCACAUCUGGCCUCAGGGAUGUAGCCAAAAACUCUGGGAUCCUGUCCGUUCUCCAGAAAACAUAGAACGAUUCUGUACAGUGACUAAUGGUGGCAGAAUGGCUUAGCUUAGCAUACAUAAGCACGUGGAUAUCAUAGCAUUUUGGAUUGUAGCCAAUAUUUGGAAUCCCAUUCUACACUUCAUUAACAAUGCAAUUAAAGGCAAACUGGAUUUUUUUCUGGCUGAUCUCCUCCACCUUGAAUAUCUAGCCUGGUGAAUGACACCAAAGAAUUAAAAAAAAUGCUCACUAUUCAAUAACAUUUUUGUUAAUCCAAUAAAGUUGAUGUUUUCUCACUCA